GUCCAAGUGGCCGUGCCGUAGUCCCUCUCGUCAGUAGUCGUUUUCGCGAUGGGGCCAUCGGUACACUCGCGGUUCUCGUCGUCGUCGUCGUUCGUUUCCGUAAUCGAGAAGCAACUAUACGCGUACGUCACGUCCGUGUCACUGGUGGUGCGCACGUGUGACGUCGUCCGAAGGGUAGGCGCCUGGUGAUUUAGUCACGGGGGAAAACAAAAAUAAUAAGAACAAAUACGAGUUUCGGUCUCACGAGAAACGUUUCUCUCCAAUUCUAUAACUCUAUUCCGAUCCAUCCCUCGAUCCGUCUCUCUCCGACGGCUUCACCGGUCGGUAACUGAUCGUUUCCCUCGUUCCGAUAUCCGCCUGUGUCCGCCGUUUGGGUGAACACGCACUUGCGCGUGCGGUAUGGUUGUCUCGAUCACACGAUGAGGGGGCCACCACAUCACCAUCACCACUACCACAACAACUGCGGUAACCAGCACCAGCUGAAUUGCUACCAGUACCAAGGAAGCGGUGGCUGCGGCAGGCGUGGCUGUCAGAAGCACGGAUGGCCUGAAGUCGCGGUCGCCGUGUACGCAUCCGUGGCCGCGGCUGUGAUCGCGUGCUACUGGAACGGGCUGCACGGUGACUUUGUGCACGACGACAUACCGGCCGUGGCCAUGAACGCCGACGUGCUGGGCACCAGUCCGCUGGCGCACGUGGCUGUCAAUGACUUCUGGGGCACCCCAAUGUCCGACCCGAACAGCCACAAGUCGUACCGGCCGCUGACCACGUUGACCUUCAGGAUGAACCAUUAUCUAUUCGGACUCCAACCCGUAUGGUUUCACGUCAUCAACGUUGUCCUGCACAGCCUCUGUAGCAUUUUGUUCGCCCGCCUGUGCAUUUCAGUCGCAGGUUUGCAACACAAAUACGGGCUUUUAGCCGGAAUCCUGUUCGCUGUCCAUCCGAUCCAUACGGAGGCGGUCACGGGUAUCGUUGGGCGAGCCGAUGUAUUGGCAUGUCUGUUUUUCCUACUGUCAUUUCUAACGUACCAUGACACUCAGUGGAGACGCAGAGAACGAGUGGUGCUUAGCUGCAUAUUCGGAGCGUUAUCGAUGUUGGCCAAAGAAACCGGACUUAUGGUCCUUUUAGUGAAUUUGGCAUAUGACGUAUACUCUUCGUGGGGCCAUAUUAAAAAGUUAUUGGUAGAACACAGACAGACUGAAGAAUAUAAUUCGUUCACUAAAAGAGUUGUGAAAACUAUGGCUGCCACCGUGGCGCUGUUAACGUUCCGGCUGUACAUGCUCCAGGGCAGUUUACCGAAAUUUACUGAACCAGACAACCCCGCAGCAUUCCACGACAGCUCAAGAGUCAGGUUCUUGAGUUACAGCUACGUAGCCGCGUUCAACCUGUGGCUGAUGUUGUGCCCGUCGACGCUGAGCCACGAUUGGCAAAUGAACUCGCUACCGUUGGUCACGUCCCUGAACGACGUUAGGAAUAUCGGGACGUGCGUCACCGCAGCCUUCUUGUUGUGCGCUACGUGCAGGAUACUUUCGGACAUGGACGCGCAGAAACACGGCACUCAAGUGUUGGCCGCUCUUCUACUGGUUCUCCCUUACAUUCCCGCUUCCAACCUACUGGUGACAGUGGGAUUCGUUGUCGCUGAAAGAGUACUCUACAUACCCAGUAUGGGACUAAUUCUGUUGUUCGUAUACGGGUUGCAAUCGCUCCUGCGCCACAAAAAGUCCUCGUGCUGGAUAGUCUUAACGGCCAAAUUCUUAGUGGGAUUCACACUUUUCGUGUUCGUGGCUAGGACCGUGCUGAGAAACGGCGAUUGGCUGUCCAGACCGACCAUAAUCAAGGCUGGCUUGAAGACUCUGCCACACAACGCCAAAAUGCACUAUAACUGGGCGAAUUACCAAAGGGAUGUAGGGGACACGCAGACAGCUGUAAAUCACUAUAGGGAGGCGUUAAGGUUAUGGCCGUCUUACGCCAGUGCACACAACAAUUUGGGAACGUUGAUGGAAAGAUCCAAGGAUGCGGAACAUCAUUUCUUGGCCGCCAUCCGAUACUCGCCGGGACACGUUAACGCCCAUUAUAACCUUGGCCAGGUGUACAGGCUGAUGAACAGGACUAAGGACGCGGUGGCCAUGCUGGAGCGAUGUCUGAUGCUGAACAGUGGGUACACAGCGGCGUACUUGCUCUUGGCCAAGUUGCACACGGGCAGUCAGACCGGACGGUUACUGAAACACGUGGCCACCUAUCAGCCCAAAAGCCCGGAACACCAAGCGCGCUACGCCCGUUGGCUUCGUGACAACCGUCGCGUGGCCGAGGCACUAAUUUAUUACAGAAGAGCUAUGGCUGUUAAUAUGGAACACAGGGAGUCAGUUUUGGGUCUGGCCAGAGUACUAAGAGAUCGAGGACAGAAAUCCAGAGUUUACAGACUAAUUACAUGGUGGCAGUCGACGAGGCGCAGACACUCGGUGCCCGGUGGUGGUCGGAUCGUAUUCGCCGGCGAUCUUUACAUCAAGGGAUGGCAGCUGUACAAACAAGGACAGACCACGGCGCCGCUGUCAUCGGCCGGCGAAACUACACGACGGCGCGACGGCGACGGAAAAAUGUCCAUGUGCAACGGUGUGCAGUUGUCCCACGUAAUGAUACCGGGAAAGUGACAGUGGACUACUGGGGAGCACAAAAAGAAAGCCGUACUGUCUUCAACUGGAUGACGACGAUGACGUAGAUGGCGGACACGGACGACAGGACAUUCAAAAGGAGCUGAGAAAACCAAAUAUAUAAUAUAUUUAUAUUUAUAAUCUAUAUGAAUAUAUUUAUUUAUAAUUAAAGCUGUAGCCCACUUAUGUAUAUGAAAUUCGUAAUAAGGGAAGAAAAAAUAAAAAUAAUCAUUGUAUACCGAAAUAACAAUAUUUAUUA